CGGAACAAACUUCAACCCCACCAUAUCAACUUCAUGGGAAUGACCUUACGCCCUUCGCAUUCUAUAAGGACUCAUUAGCUUCAGAAUACAACACCCGCCGCCCGGCCAUUCGAAUGAUACACUCCACACAUAGGCGCAACACACGGAAUCACAUUCAAGUUGCCACCAAAGAUUCAUAUGCUCUGAAAACCUUGAAAAGCGUGGACAGUAGUCAACGCACACCAAGCCUACAAACGGACACUGGUGCUAAUGUCUCCGCCACAAACCAACGCGAGCUACUCCACAACUAUACGCCUUAUCCAAUCCCGGAACCAGUUGGGGUAUUCUCAGCAGAUGACACGCUUGCUCACUCCUUCCAAGCACAUGGCGAGGGCUAUAUGAAAAUCAUCUCUGACCAAGGACACGUAAUGAACUGGUACACACUGUACACACCAAACUCCACUGGAACAGUUAUUUCACCGGAUCACUACCAGCGUGAACGUAGUUUCUACGCAUUCCAACAGGAAGGAUGCUUAAACAGCAAAGGAACUAUACGAUUCAUAAACCAGCUCAAUGAUACUAUUGAGUCCAUCCAAACAGUCCGGGACAAUGGCCUUUGGUACUCCACCAACCACAUCCUCAUCCGCAACGCGCUUGAGAAUGAGCACAUUGCCACGGAACUCCAGCGAUUCCGUAGCCAGGUAAGUCGGCUUGAACAACAACAAGAGAAGAGCAAACAUGAUGAACCCCCACAUCGAACCAAAACAUGGUCAUCGGGUCUCUCCAAAGCACUAAAGAACCUAGAACUUUGGCAUCAACGAUUCGGCCAUGUCUCCCCAGACACCCUAGCUAAAACACAAAAGGUCGUAGAAGGGAUGCCACCAAUCCCCACUGGCACACCCUACUUUAGAUGCCCCUUCUGCGAAAAGAGCAAAAUGACCAAAUAUACGGGAAAACGGACGGACAGGAAAGAACGCUUUAUUCCCAUGCAGUCUUUACACAUGGAUCUUUCCUUUGUCAGCGGCCCACCUAAUCUAACUGAUGUAGUCCGCAAUCAGGCAAAAGCACUUCCCACCCUAAAGAAGAGCCGACAAGGCCAUAUAGGAUUUCUAACCAUUAUUGAUGCUGCAACUCGAGCUCUUUGGACCUUCCCCAUAAAGAACAAGGAACCCCCACUAAAAAUCAUUGACCAAUUUCUUACUAAACACGGCAUCCGCACAACCGAUCCUCGCAAAGCCAUAGUUACAACGACUAAUGAUGGAUAUCUUGCAAGAUCACGAGCAUUCUCCACCACGAUUCGGGACCACAGCUACACCCUCACUCCCCAGGACAAGGGAUACUUCCUCCAGCUCCUUCCGGAACACCUUGACUGCACCAUCAUGACUGACGGAGGCGGUGAACUGGCAAACUCCUCCCAAUUCAAACAGACUAUAACCAAUCAUGGAUACACCUCUCUUACUACGGCAGCUGACACUUCCUCCCAAAAUGGCAUGGUUGAACGCCCCCAUCGAACACUUAAAGAAAGGAUUCGCUGCCUUCUAUAUGCAGCAGGACUGGGCACGGAAUACUGGACAGACGCUCUUCUCCAUGCCACUUGGCUGUACAAUCGAACCUACCACAGUGCUAUUGGUAUGACACCACUCCAGCUUUAUACUGGACAAAUUCCCCUAGUGGAUAACCUCAUUACAUUUGGCUCUAAAAUAACAGCAAAGAAGCCUGGUACAAGACCCACAACCACCAACCCGUGGGCCUAUGAUGGAAUCUUCCUAGGAUAUGGCCCAACCACCGACAACAUCAAGUACUUCGACAUUCAUACGGGCACAGACAAAAUUGCCCGGCAUAACUCGAAAGAUGAGCUCCAAUAUGGAGACGACCCAUCCAAUAGAUCCCCAGCGGCGGCACAUCUCCUUGAGACAUUCACUGAAGGCAUACAUACUGACCACUGCACAAACACUGAACCAGAACGCCUCGAUCUCACAUUUAAGGACCCGAGACAACGUGACCCUGACACAAUCAUACAGGAGAUUAUAUCAGACGCACCACGCCCGUACACCGCAGCAGCUGCUGCGAAAGUUAAAGCCCAAAUUCACCGCACCAAAUUUGAAAGACCGGAUAUAGCUGCCUUACUCCCGGAACUGGAACAGCUUGAUAUCUCCACUAAUAUCUUUAUAACCGAAGUGUCCCACACACUUCCCCUUAAGAACACCAAUACAAUUCACCCCACCAUGGGCUUUAUAAUUGGCAGUCAUCCGGACAUAUCCAACGCCGUUGAACUAACAUCUAUCCAAGUCGGUUCGAUUGCCCACACAAGGAUACGGGGUUGGAAACGGAACCUCCGGGGCACUGUCAUCACAACAGUUGAUGAUAAGCCUAUCAAGUGUCGACAGGAUAUUAUAGAUGCUAUCAAAUCCGCUAAACACAACCAUCGCACAUCCAUUAAAUUCACCUUUGGUACUCUUACAGGCUUUGCUUUAAAUGGUGAAGGAGUCCCCACCCUCCAGGCGGAUCAAUUAAACGUUAUUGCCCAUCAUCUACACAGUAUCAACCAUAACCAGGACCUAUGGCCCAAUAAACAGGACUGGCCCAUGCCAAUUGACUCCCCGGAAACAGCCMACGAACAGAUCCAGAUAUCCAAACUUACACGUCGCAAACUACUGGGUACACCACAAUGGGAUGAUUUCCUCCAAUCAGAAUGGAAACAGCUCAAUAGAUACCAUAAAGUAGGCAUGUUUGGGGAUCCUAUCGAUGCAACCCAGACUAUGACAGUCCUCCCUUGGGUAUGGACAUACAUUGAAAAGGAAAAUCCGCUAACUGGGAUAGCAGAGCCAAAGUCAAGGGGUACAUGCAAUGGCGGCAAACGAUAUGGCAAGGCAGUCACCCUUGCUGAGACCUAUGCAGCUUGUGUGGAACAACCAAUCCACCGCCUCACUUGGGCCCUUGCAGCAGCUCUGAACCUCAUCUGUAUUGGUUACGAUGUUGGCAAUGCAUUUGCGGAGGCCCCGGCACCACAAUCACCGUUUUACAUGCAAGUAGAUGAACCCUUCCACCAAUGGUGGACUGAAUGCCUCCACAAACAACCUAUUCAACCAGGACAGGUCAUUCCUAUCAAGAAAGCACUCCAGGGACACCCUGAAUCACCACGACUUUGGGACAAGUACAUAUCCAGAAUCCUUAUCCAAGACCUUGGCUUUAAACCCACUACUCAUGAACCAUGCCUUUAUUACAAGCAUGAUCAUACUGGCUUAACUCUGAUCCUGAGACAGGUCGAUGACUUCCUUAUUGCCAAUGCGGAGGAAUCCGUAUGCGACUCAAUCCGGAGCCUCAUACAGGACAGAAUGACUAAUCCUCUAAACGUAUUGGGUACUAUUAGAAAAUUCAACGGUAUCCAUGUUGAUCAGACCCGCUUAUACAACCAUCUUCAUUGCAGCAGCUACAUUGAAAAGAUAUGUGACCACCAUGGCUGGACAAAACUAACCGCUCGUCGCACUACACGGAGUAGACCUACACCUAUCAAAGAGGAUGCUGCUUUCCAAAAGAAAAUCCAGCUAACUGAGGGCCCCACAGAUCCCCUUGAAGCGUUAAAAAUGCAACAAUCCGCAGGAUUCAACUAUAGACAGUGUAUAGGAGAACUCAUCUAUGCCCUCACUAUUUGUCGCAUCGACAUCUCCAUUGCUGUCAUUACAUUAAGCCAACACUCUCAUUCUCCAGCUAAAAUCCACUAUGAUGCAGUAAAAGCACUGUUUCAAUACCUUCUUAUGACUAAACGAGAGGGUUUAACAUACUGGAGACCCGCACCACGAAUGGAUUUACCUAAUCAACCCGUUCCUAUUCCCCUUUCAACAGACGCCAGUCGACUAACUAAAUUCUAUCAGUCCCCAGACCCUCUCCAAAUUCAUGGCGCCUGUGAUACUACAUGGGCGUCUGAUAGGUUGCAAAGGAGAUCCAUGGGAGGAGUCAUAAUGAUGCUUGCCGGAGCAGCUGUCUAUUAUCGCACUAGACUGCAACCAACCAUCGCACAAAGCUCUACAGAGGCUGAAUUUACUAACAUGGCAGAUGCUGGUAAAGCAGCUCUCUAUUUAAGAUGGAUCCUAGAGGAACUCCACCUUGCACAAAAGACUCCGACCCCCAUCCUGGCAGAUAACCAUGGUGCUGUUCGAAUGGCGAAUGCACACCAACCCACUAGACGAACACGCCAUGUUGAAAUGAAACACUUUGUGAUCCUUCAAUGGACAGACGAUGAACAUAUUAACUUUGUGGAAACACGAUCUGAUGAAAACUAUAGUGAUCCACUGAGCAAACCAACUGGCAGAACUAAGUUCCUGGAGCACACGGAUAUCUUCAUGGGACGUGUUCAACCAAGCUUCACAACUACAUAUACGACUUCUUCUCUAUCAAGCACACAACUACCACUAAUUAGUGAGGAUAGAGCAGAGGAAAUAUCCAAAUUUUCUACUCACAAACUCAAUAUACAGACCCCUUGGACACACACCAAAUCAUCUUGCUCCACUUGCAAUCUAGAUCCUCUAUAUGAUCUACUACAUACCAGUAGAUUUUCUACGUAUGAGCCUCUAGAUUCUGCAAGUGCGGGGUGGUGUGAGCCUAAAUCACGAGUAGAUAGUGAAUAAGCUCACUCUUUAUUGUAAACCACGUAUUAUCGUACACUAAGGAGCCUAUCAACAUUUCGCACUGCGAGCCACAAAAGACAAAAGCACCAUCCUCGAAAUUUUUGAAGUGAGGUUCUGAACAAGGCCGGUCUGGACUUUUGGGGUCAUUGGUUUACGAGUGCAUCUACGUACGUACCGUACUGUAUGAGAUUUUUAAACGGUUCAAAACUGCAUAGUAAGAGAGUUACGAGUACGAGUACCCUACGCACCUACCCAGUGAAAAUAAGUACUGUUAUAUUUAUUGCCACCACAAACAAGCCCCUUUCGCUUCCUUGCCUCUCCAUGCGUUACGUAGGUAGUGAAGUACUUCGUACGAUACACGACAUCUCUGGUGACAAGUCUUCCAAACUUUGAUGCUACCAAGAGAGGGGAGACGCCAUAGGUGCUGUUGCCCGCAAUCUCAUACCUCCGCACACGCAACACAGACAACCAACCACGGUGCAAUAAGAUGCCGGUGCCGACGACCCUCCCCCUGGACAUCCCCUCGUGGUCGGCCAUCACGUCGGCCUUUCUGCUCAAGCUGACGACCUCCCUCGACGACCUGCUGUGGCUCUCCCCCUUUUUGUCCCUCUCGCCGUCGGUCUCCAACAAGCUCAAGCACUCGGUGGUCUAUUUUCUGAUCUGCGUCUGCGUCACCAUGCUGGCCUUUGUCUUCGGGACGACGCUCCUGGCCCUGACGAGCCGGGGGGAGGACGGAAAGGAGCCUUCCGGCUACUGGAAUCCGGAGCGGCUCCUGUCGGUCUUUUCGGCCUCGGUCCUCUUUUGCAUCGCCCGGAACGAUUUCGCCGAGUGGAAGGAAGAGAACUACGAGCACCACGGUGCGGGUGGCGUUUCCGGCCACCGGGGAGGCAGCGAACGGAGGAACAGCAGCAACGCCAGCGGCCUCUCGACGGUCGGGGAGAUGGAGACCAUCGAGCUGGUGGACUACAACAAUUACGGCAGCAGCAGCAACAACAACAACAGCAGCAGCAACGGCAAGCCCCACCACUCCAAGCUGCGGUCCCGAUCCAACGCGUCGCGGUCGUCCUCCCAGGCGUCCGGUGUCGGCGACCUCGAGGCCGGCGGGAGCUUUGGCAGCGACGGCGACGACAACGACAGCGACGACGAGGAGAUCCGCGCCAAGAUCGAGGAGGCCAGCAAGUCCCUCCGGCGCUUCGUCACGGUCUGCGUCAUGGGGACCCUCGACGACAUGAUCGUCUUCUCGGCCUUUGUGGCGGGCGGGGCCGGCUCGGCCGGGGGGAAACACCACCACAAGCACAGCAACCUGGCCCUCUUCAUCGGGACGACCCUUGCGGCCCUGCUCAUCGUGACCAUUUCCUGGUUCUUUUCGGAGAUCGAUUGCUUCAAGCGGGCGGUCAAGAAGAUCCCCAUGUGGGCCCUGCUGUCGGGGAUCGCGGUGUACAUUCUCGCCAUGGGGCUGCUGUGACGAAAAUUCGAAAAAGGGAACAACGAAUCGAAUCGAAUCGAAUCGAAUCGAAGCAAACAAACGCGCUGUACAACGCACAAACGACGUUUCGAUAUCUUCACCACGAACAAAAGAAAGGGUGGAUCGACAUUGCGUUCAUCACGAGGUUUCUCGCAUCAUGUCAACUUCAAAACGAUUUGGGAAAAAAUCACGAUAUCAGAUCGAAACGGCCCAAUUCUUUGAGUCAGCCUUUUUGAAUGAAUAGACUAUGACGAGAAAAUGUUUUUGGUACCGGGCGGAUAGAGCAAGUGAUAGAAACAAAAGCGGAAAGCAGGUGACCAUACCAUCGUCGUUGACGGCUCUGUUUUUCAACGGGUUGAAUUCGACAAUCGAUUGCACUCUCCUAUAGUUCCACUAUCUUGACAAAACAAAAUUGUUUUUUUUUUUGCGACGUUACUUUUCCGAGGAAAGGGAUUGCGAGAAAACCAAAAAGAGGUGCGUGACGGUGGAUCGGAAACGAUGCCGGAAAUCUCCCGCUCGUCAAUGGAAGGCAGAGCAAGCGGUCUCUACCGCAUCACAAAACCAUUCGUCGCACGGAAAAACAAAUCGUUUGCAGAUCAGUAUGUGACAAGCUUUCAUUCGAUCUCCAUCCACUCGGGGAAGCUGUGUGAUAACAGCCUUACAAUUUAAUAGUACCACUAGAACAAGCAAUCUAACUUCCACUAGUGUAGUCAGAGGUCUUGAAAUAAGGACAUAAAUCUAGU